ACCUCAAGGCGACCAAGGGCGCGCCGCUCCGCCUCCCCCUCGCCGCCGCCUUCAAGGCGGCGUGCGAGCGAUUCCGCGAGGGCGGCUUCGCUUUUGGGGACCCCGCCGAGUACCUGCACUCGGAGCCCAACCACCCGCACCUCACCAACCCCGACUUCCAAAACUGCCCCGGCUGCAACCCGCCCGUCCACGGCGCGCCGCCGCCCGCCCCCCGCUCGGCCGGCAGGCCCCGCGCCGUGCUGCUGCUCGUCCGCUCGGGCGGCGUCGUGCGCGAGUACGACGGCGACAUGGCGGACGAGUGGCUGAUGGAGAUGCGGCUCAAGCGGCGCGGCGCCGGCGGCGCCGAGCCCUCGCUGCAGAACUUGCUCUCCCGCGACGGCACGGCGCCGCCCCUCGUCACCUCGCGCCUCAUGUCGCACUUUCGCGGGGCGGGCGCGUGGCGCGCGCAGAUGGCGACGGGGGUGUGCGUCGCGCUGUCCCUGCUGACCACCGCCCUCGUGUUUGCCGAGUACACCUUCCCGAGCCUCCCGCCGAGCCCGCCCUCCCCUCCUCCGUGAGCGAGGAGGUUGUGCUCGGCAGAGGCGAGAGGGGAAACUAGAGCCUCCUCGUCGAGGUGUGGCGUGGCGGUGCCGGCCCCCGCCCCUCCUCUCUGGCGGCCUCCAACGCCCAAGCGAGCGGGAUGCUUGUGAGACUCACCUCCUGUGUACUGUGAGAGCGCCCGCAUAGAAAAAAUAGUCAUACGC